GUGGACCCGAACGACCCGAACGGGCCGGAGCUGGAGGUGCGAAUGGACGAGCUUCGCGCGAACAUUCGACGCUCGGAGACGUCGAAGGCGAAGUACGAGGCGCGGCUGGAGUGCCUGCGCGUGAGCGGCGCGCCGGUGGACGAGUGGCUGAAGGAGGUGGACCUGCUUGCGGUGCAGGAUACGCUGCCCCGGAGCAGCAGCCUGCUGAGCGUGCGCACCGACGCUUCUGGGGCCGCCGACCAACCAAGCUCCGACUCGUUCUACGACAGCGACAACACGGAGGGCGAAGCCGCCACGUCUGCCGGGCCAACCGGGACCGGCCACCAGCGCACCACCUCCGGCUCUUCGCAGCAGGAUGACGAUCGUGAAGAUGAAGUAGAUGGUAAUCCAAACUUGGAAGAAGAACGCAAGCGCAUGGAGCAACUGUCCGGAGGCUGGGACGACCCCACGCAGGUCAAUUGGGACGAGGCGGAGGCGGACAUCGCAACCACGUCCGGGACGGUCGAGCCACCCGCCGCUCCGCUGUACAAAUGCACUGCACUGUACUCAUAUACAGCUCAGAACCCAGACGAGCUGUCGAUCAUCGAGAGCGAGCAACUAGAGGUGGUGGGAGAAGGCGACGGCGACGGCUGGUUGCGCGCGCGCAACUACCGCGGCGAGGAAGGCUACGUGCCGCACAACUAUCUCGACGUCGACAGGGAGGAGCAGGCCUCAACCUCUGGCCCGGGCCUGGUCGCCCAGAUAUCGUUCUCGUCGGUCGACUACACGGUGGAGGGCGAAGACGCCGACGUGGUCCAGUCUCCGGACCAGAUCUCCGUGAUCUCGGCCCCCGUGGCCAAGCCCGAAGAGCCGAAGGCCGAGGAGCCGGUGGUCGAGGAGCCGAAGCCCGAGCCCGAGCCGCCGAGGGUCGAAGGACCGACCCUGGGGUACUGCUUCGCUCUCUACGAUUAUGAGUCCGAGGCCGCAGACGAACUCAGCUUGGAAGAAGGAUCGAUAAUCCGCGUGACAUCGCGCGAUGCCCACGGCGUGGACGAUGGCUGGUGGCGCGGGGAGGUCAACGGGAUCUUCGGCAACUUCCCCUCGCUCAUCGUGGAGGAGUGUGAUGAGAGCGGCGAGCCGCUGAGCAUCGGCGAAGAAGAUUGGACCCCGCCGGGUUCCGCCCCGCCGGUAUUCUCGUCGCCACCUGGCUCCCCGCCGAACGCCGGUUUCGAUGAUGAAAUGGUGGUGGAGAACAACAACACUAAGAGCGCGGCGCCGCCCGCGGCCCCGCCGCCGCCGCCGCCCGCCGACGCCGACGCCGACGUGUCGGGCCCCAGCCAGGCCGAGCUGGCCGAGCUCGCGGAGUUCAGCUUUAAUUUAGAGCUCACUAGGAACCAGCACGAGCAGUAUGGAACCCAGUUCUCGCUGGUCGGACCGCCGACCAUCGUCGCGCCGUCUGUCACUAUUGUGGUCGACGAGGUUGUCGGUGAAAAUUUAUCAGACGAGGAAGAAGAGGUGCCGGCGCCGGCGCCGCCGCCGAGCAAGCCUGCGCCGCCCAAGGUUGAGUUGCCGGCGGAGGACUGCGGGCUGGGCGUGGCGCAGAUCGUCAUCACCGCCGCCACGCCCAUGGUGGAGGAGCCGGAGCAGCCCUUCCCGCCGCCGGAGCCCGAGCCGGAGCCGGAGCGCCAGGACGACGCCGAGCGCUCGGAGGACGUGGACGACGAGGAGUCCUCGCUGUCGGAGCAGACCGCCGUCUGCCUGCGCGACUCCGACGAGGGCCCCGCCGACUCCACGCCGCACCCCGCGUCCAGCUCCACGGGCUCCGAGGCCUCGGGGCCGCCCACGGCGCCGCAGUCCCCGCCCGCGGCGCCGCGCGGCGGCCGCGCCUCCAUCCCCGACGAGCUGGAGCCCGCGCAGCUGGCGCGGCUCACCGACCUCAAGGAGUCCAACGCCUAGGCCACCUGCCCUCGCCAGUCACCCUCGGGUAGCCGCUCGGAGCCCGCCUCUGGCCGUCUAUCGAUGACCGUUUCUCUGCUCUGCGACGUUUAGUUCCACCAUCUGCAUACUGCGAGUUUGUACUUUCUUACUGUUUCAAUGUACCAUCUUUGUUCUAUAAUUUCUUACCCAUGACGGUUGAUUGUUUCUAAGACGGGCAAUUUAUAUUCACUUCAGCACAGUCACUUGAAAUAUUAUAGCAAAAUAUUAUAGAUGUAAACCAAUUUAUAUUAUCUAGUGAAUUACCCAUUUUGACCAUUUAGAGAAAUAUUGAUAUUGGAUUUUGUUAGUAAUAUUGAUGUUAGGAUUAAUGUUAACUUUUAAUACUUUGUUACCUAUUGUCUAGAGAUUAUAUGUAUACCUAUUUAUCGUCUAAUGGCUACAGUAGGUACCCCGUAGUAUUAGAUAUUGGUGCCUACUACCAGUACUGUUAAUUACUACUUGCAAUCUCGUUUCCAACACGGUGCGAUUGGACUGGCGGGGCGACGUGGCCUAUUGCCAUCAUCUAGAUCUUGAGGUAUUGUGGCCAAUGUAUUCUUUGGGGCUAUUUCAGACCUAUUCAGCUUUGUUUGGAAUCACCGCCCCCGCACUGUCCUAUUAACUUAAAGAUUGUUAAAGGAUACAUUUGGAUAGUAAUAUGAUGGAAGCAAGACCUGCAGUUGUACGAUCAUAGGAAAGUUGAGAUUCUUCUUGCAGCCUCACAGAUACAUUUGCCCCGGCUGCUACGGGUUUCAUGCCGCGUCGCCUGAGCGGUGCGAACGGCCUAACCUAAGUCUACGAAGUGAGAAACGGUCACAUACCGAUGUAGAAUUGUAUAUAACUAGAUAAUAAAAUUAUUACUAGUGAAUUAUUGGCACGAUCUAGUACCUGCUGACUAGAAGGUAUGAUAGAGAUAGAGUCGUAAGAGUUGGCCGGCCAUUUCUAAAUGUUUGAAUUUUGCAAUAAAAAUGAAUAUUAGGCCUGUUAUAAAAUGUGUUGUGCAAUGUAUCAUAUCAUGUACCGUCGCCAAGAUUGCUAUGCGAACAACCAAAAUAUGAAAUUCCAUUUCGAGUUGCAUAAAAGCGGUGUGCUAAGAAGGCCAACUCGCGAGCGAUGUAAAGCGGGUAAUAUGGGCUGGAUUGAGAAUCGGGAACACCAGAGAGCCCAAUGAUGGAACGUAGGCUUAGGAACAUACAGGGUGUUACCACCUUCUCAGGAACUUCUAAUUAUUUGAAUCCUUCAAUUUACACAUUAUUUUCUUUCCACCUCACAAAUUUUAUUGAUCUCAAUUAGUUAAGCUUCAAAUAUUUACUGCACCGUGUCUAUGUUACUCGAUAAACAUUAUUCAAUAAUAUAAUCGAUGUUAGUAGUAGUACUAAUACAUAAUGAUAACCACAUUUAUUAUUGGAGGCUUGAAGGAAAGAAAUGGUUUAGCGCUCAUCGCGUUUGGUUGUUGAAAUGUUUAAUGAUAUUAUUUGUUAUAUAUUUAUAUGUAUAGUAUAAUAAUUCUGUACGAACGGCAGCACAUCAAACUAUACACUAAAAUCUUACAAGGUUCUAAUAAGAGGCAAUUUUGCAUUAAAAAAUAUAUGGUCUGAAGUGCUGGCGACUGUACACAAAGUAAAGGAGAGGAUUGUAGCACUCUGUAGUUAAAUAGCACUGUAUCAAAGUAUGCACAGAUUAAAACGACUGUUACUCUUACUAUACUAUAUUAUACGACAUGCAAACUGUUGUUUGUCUGAGGUACAAUACAUUAUAACAAUUGUAUCUUACACGUUGGUUUAUAUUAUGAAACGUGUGUCGAUGUUUGGUGAAUCUUGCGAGUCUUUCCAUAGCGAAUGAAAUAUAAUACUGAUCUCUUAAUAUUCAUGGCAACCGUAGUGAGUCACGCGAUAAUCACGGGGCCAAUUUCUACAUUUUUUCACUAAAAUUCAGAUGUGUUUUCCAAAAAAAUGUAUUUCCUUUAUGCGUCACAUUCCGAGCUAAGGACCCCUACCUAACCGGUUUUGACCCCUGGUUUCCUGUCUCUUUCGUUCACAAUGGAUAAAAGAGAGAGGUUCUUCAAUUUUCUCCCCUCGCCAUAACAUUCGGCACGGACAGACAGCGGUGGGUCGUCACCUUUCGUCAAAACACGUAUAAUAUAAUACAAAUCGAUGUCUUACAGCACCUAUGUGUUGCUUUUA